AUGCGGUUUCUAAUAGGCCUUUUUCUAUUGCCAUUUGCACUGUCAGCUUCAUGUAACAAAAGAUUCUACUGGAGAGAGUCGUUCGUCUGUGUGUGCAAUGCAACUUAUUGUGAUGACAUCCCGGAGGUGGGCGAGAUUAAAGCGGAUAGUGCAGUGGCUUACUCAUCGGACAUGAAGAGAGAUCGUUUUGCAAGAAGCGAAUUGAACUUUGAAAAAACCAGCGGUAAGCGGCAGCUUUUUGUUAGUCCUUUAAAAGCACGGAAUACUGGUUGAAUAUCUGGGGGAACAUUUUCCCUUACAGCAUGGCCUAAAAAGUCUUACAAGGGAAGUCACUUAAGUCACGGAUCGAUUUUUAAAAACGACUGUUACAGCGAUGGGGAGGGUAGGACGGAGAUAUCAAAUCUGAAAACCGCUACCUCCACCGGCCUCUGGGAGCCGAGAUAAUCGACUAAAAAAGUUUGAUCAAAAAAAGUUGCCCCGAGUAGUCCUCUCUUCUAAAAGAAGGAGGGAAGAGAACCGAAUGGUCCGGUGGUCUGGAAGCGCGCUUCCGGGCCUUGACCUUUUCAGGUUCGAAUCCGCAUGGGUCAAAAAAUUUAUUAAACUUUUCCUGUAAUCCAGUAAAUUUACCGGUAAGAUAAAAUUUUUGAUUUUUUGCAUAUUUUACGAUAAAAUUUCAGAGUAAUAAUUUGAAUGUGAGUUUCAAACAAUUUGAAUUUUCAAGGUUGAAAAUUUACCGUAAAAUAGGCAUAAAACCUAAAAAUGAAUUGCUUGUAAAUUUACUGGAUCACAGCAAUUGUUUUAUAAAUUUUUCACAAGUCCGAGACCCGCGCGGAUUCGAACCUGAAAAGGUGAAGGCCCGGAAGCGCGCUUCCAGACCACCGGACCAUUCGGUUCGCUGGGUUUUCUUCUUUCGGAAGGAAGAAAUGUUCGGAGGAAUUUGGUCAAACUUCUUGGUCGAUUAUCUCGGCUCCCAGGGGCCGGUGGAGGUAGCGGUUUUCAGAUUUGAUAUCUCCGUCCUACCCUCCCCAUCACUGUAACAGCCGUUUUACAAAAUCGAUCCGUGAUUUAAGUGACUUCCCUUGUUAGGAAUUGAUAUACGACCAAGGUCCGAAGUAUGCAAGAGCAACGAAAAUUUGAGAGUCUCAGUUCGAACACUUUCCUUUUUAGGCAAAUGGGUAAAACUCACCAUUGACCCAAGUAAAAAGCGUCAAAAGAUCAUUGGCUUUGGCGGUUGCAUCAACGAUGCUGUUGUCUUCGCCAGCACAAAUAAGCUGGAACAGCAACUUCUUGAUCAAUACUACUCCAAGAAAGGCAUCGAAUACUCCGCAAGUCGGGUCCCAAUUGGGACAAAUGAUGCCUCGAUCAAAGAAUGGACCUACUUGGAUACUCCUGAAGAUUAUGAGUUGACCACUUUUUCACUGGCCAAGGAUCCAAAGGUUGAGUUGAUAAAGAAAAUUUACUACAUGAAUCCAAAUUUAAAACUGUUUGGAUCCGCCUGGAGUGUUCCUGCUUGGCUAAAAGACACUGGGAAAUUAACUGGAGUGGGCAGAAUUAUCGGGCCGUUGAAUCGCCAUCAUUACGUUGUUUAUGCCAAGUACUUGAUUAGGUGAGUAAAAGGGAAGAUUUAGUAAAUUUGCCACCGCUGGCCGCACUUUUAAAAGCAUCUUCAGAUUCGUCGAAGAGUACAAGAAACUGGGGGUCAAUUUCUGGGGACUCACAAUAAUGAAUGAGCCGGGAAACGUCACCAGAAUUUGGCCUGGGAUCUACUUGUCGCCGGAGGAACAACGGUAAGGCGUAGCCAUCCUAUAACUCCUUUUUUCAGUGAUUUCGUCAAGGAAAAACUUGGCCCAAUGAUGAAACAUCGCUGGUCCACUAAAGAUGUCAAGAUCAUUGCUCACGAUUGGGAUCGCAAUACCAUAUAUGAUUACGCCAAAAAGGUCUUUUCAUUUGUUAAUCAUCAUGCAAUACUUUAGAUUUAUGAGGAUAAAGACACGUUGAUCGACGGCCUUGGAGUUCACUGGUAUGCCAAGGGCUACUGGGAAAAUCUAGAGAAAACUCAUGCUCUACGCCCUGACAAAUUCAUCUGGGCAACUGAGGUAGUGAUUACUAUCAAUUCUAUCAUCGAAAAACCAUUUCUCAUUUUUAUCAACUGAUGUCAUCAAAUUUCAGGCAACAAUGGAAGGUCUUGGCCAUGAGCCGGGUAGUUGGUAUAACGCCGAGCUCUACGCCGAUGACAUAAUCAACAAUUUGCGGCGUUGGGUUGGUGGUUGGGUUGAAUGGAGUUUAUGGACAGACGAACAAGGAGGCCCGAGUUAUGUGGGAAAUUUCGUCGGGAACUCGAUGUUUGUAAAUCAAAGCGCCGAAGAGUUUUACAAAGAACCGCAAUUCUAUGUUAUUGGGCAUUUUAGGUGAGUUCCUUUCGUUUUACAGCUAUUUACGUAUUUCGAUGAUACGAAAUUAAAUUUUUUUUAUAUUAGGCUUGACAAUCUCCCUAACUUUUCAGCAAAUUCCUUCCACCCGAAACAACAAUUCUGGACACUCAAAUUGAAGGCUAUGUCCACUCAGACAGUCCCAUACUCGGCGUUGCUGGAGAGACUCCAGCCAAUCAAAUUGUGCUCGUUCUUUUGAAUCGGCACAACUUUAAUACCUACAAUGUGAGUAUUUCCGAUGGCCGGAGUAAUGGGAAGACCCUACAGCUCGGAAUAAAACCGCAUACUAUCAAAACGAUCCUUUGGAAUAAAAGUUCUGCUUAA